AUGACCAAACAACAGAGAAGCCAAGACACCCAGGCAGGUUACAACGACCACAUUCAGAGUGCCAUGUUUGAGGAACUCCAAGAAGCAAACAUCUCGCAUACAAAGUUCUUGUUUAUGGGAUUCCCAGAGAUUUACAAAUACAGACGUCUGCUUUUCCUGCCAUUUUUUGUAAGUUACAUUUUGGUCGUGCUGGGGAAUUCUUUGUUGCUUUUCGUGAUCAAAAAUACAGAAAGUCUUCACAGUCCAAUGUACAUUCUAGUGUCUGCUUUGGCGGUUGUCGACAUCAUUGUACCCACUGCCAUUAUCCCAGCAAUGCUUCUUGGUUUCCUCUUUGACUUGAAUGAAAUCUCUUUAACCGGGUGCUUGACACAAAUGUUUGUUACUCAUUUCUUUUCUUCUGUAGAGUCGACCAUACUUUUAGCUAUGGCUUUAGAUCGCUUUGUGGCCAUUUGCAAGCCAUUGCAUUACACUGAAAUCAUGAACUCGGCCAUGUUUUUGAAACUGCUUGUUUUUACAUUGAUCAGAAGUGGCACUAUAAUGUUCGCCCUGAUUGCUUUGGCUUCACUUUUGUCUUUUUGUGGGUCUAAUGUUAUCCAUCAUUGCUACUGUGACCACAUGGCUCUUGUUAGCUUGGCCUGUGAUUCAAUAAGCAAAAAUAAUGCAAUGGGAUUAGUUGUGAUAAUCUGUUUUGUGGGAAUUGACAUAUCUGUUAUUUUCUUCUCUUAUGUGAAAAUCUUGCAUGUUGUGUUGGGGGCUGCAGCUGGAGAGGAUCGUUGGAAAGCCUUUCAUACCUGUGGUACACACUUAAUGGUUAUGAUGUGUUUUUACUUUGUGGGGAGUAUUACCUUUCUAUCACGAAAUCUUAACAUUCCAAUCCCAGUCGAUGUAAAUACUUUUCUGGGUGUUACAUAUAUAGUAUUUCCUGCAAGUGUCAAUCCGAUCAUUUAUGGUGUGCGAACAAAAGAAAUAAGGAAUGCUUUAUUGAAAAUGUUCAAAAUAAAUAUAAAUAAAGUUUCCAUUGUAAAGGUUUCAUCAAUAAAGAUUUAAGUGUCUGGAAAGUCAUUCAAUUUGACACGUUGUCUAUCUAGUAAUCUCAGCCAUUGAA